GCAAAAGGAUCAAACAUAUGUCAAAGGAUCCGCUCGGUGUCCUUGCGGCCACUGGAUGUAAAUAAAGGUUUGGAGAGGAAAAUCUUGCACCUCCGUAAUAGGGAGAACGAGAGAGAGAGAGAGAGUACUGGAUGCGAUAGUGCUCGCGGAUGUGCCAGCAACCAGCAAACAGGAUCGGUUUGGCACACUUGGCUAAAGGACACAAAUUCAUUCAAUUCAUUCAUGCACACGCCGUCCGUACGCGGUGUCCGUGUUCGCUGUCCCUGUAUCCACACCGCUGUACUGUAGGGCCAGAGUAGUGGCAAAAGGGGGGAAAGGGGGUGGUGGAAAACGGAAGAAGGGACUGGCUGGAAUUGUGGUGCGGAUUCCGCUUUGGCUUUGGCUCGUUUGCAUUUCGUUGUUCGGUGGCGGAUACUUUUCGGAAUAAACCGUGCGUGUUACUGCAGUAUGUGCUCCCCUCGGUACGGUGCUUUUCCGGAGUCUGCUAACGCUUCGGGCCUGCUGUGCGUCAGUGUGCGAGUGUGUGUGCGCGUAAGGGAUUGCUGUGUGCUGCUGUGAGUGUAUGCGUGCGCGCGCGCGCACGGUCCCGCGUAUGUGUGUUGGGCCCUCUGCAUGGGUGGCUCUUGUUACACUCUCUCGUUCAAGUCACUGUAGUCGUUUCCCUGGCCUGACAUCCACUAUUCUGACCGCGACUCUAUCCACCCCACCACCACAAAAGGGGUGCGCUCAAGUGUUGCUCCAAUGAUGCAGAUAGCAAGGGGCGAUUGAAGCGCGAAAGCACAGAUUUUGCGAUCCCUCCGAUCGGAACCACUCACCACGCGGCAGCCGAUGUAAGUGGAGUAAGUGCCCUGCCACGGGUGCAGAGUGUCCUGCCACUGCGGUUAAGGUAGUAGCAAAAGGGUGACACUUGAAAGAAGAGGCCUGUGUGUGAGUGUGGCCUGUGUGUGUGUGUGGGUGUGCGUGUAAGUGUAAGGGUGUGCAUGCGAAAGAGCGCUACCGCAGCGUGUGCCAUCAAUCAAACAUCUUGGCCACUGGAUACGAAGAAACCAUAGCAAACAGCAUAUCCAAUCAACGUUAUCAGCAGCAAGACGCUACCCCUUGCAGGAGCUCGGUGGCCCAACCCCGCACGCUAGCGGUGUCCUUGGGGCGGGUGAUAAGGACCUUCGAGGAAACCGCCGGAGUCACCAUCCAAGGACAGCGAAGAUGAACACCGUCCAGAGUACGGGCCAUGCGACCGUUCGGAACAAGAAGGACUCGCAGUUCGAGGAAUUAACUGUCUCUUCCUCGGAAAAAAGAAAUUGGAGAGGAAUUUUUAUUGCGCUUUUAGUGAUUGCUGCCGUAUUGGGGCUAAUUGUGUUUUCCAUUCUACUUCUAUCACCAGAGAUCGAAAGCUCGAAGCUGCACGGCCGUCGCAUAUCGCUGUACGAUAUUAAAUCGGGCCGAUAUGAAUGGAACACACAGAACGGUUCCUGGAUUAAUCGGUACGAGUAUGUGUUCAUCAACUCGGAAGGUGGCCUAACUGCGCUGCAAAUCACCCGUGACGGUGGUUUCCGGUUCGAGGUUCUCAUGAACAAUGCCACCUUCAGGCAGCUGAACGUUGACAGCUACGAUGUGUCACCGGAUCGGAACUUUGUGCUGCUGUACGCGUCGAAUGGUAACACGCAACGGUACAACCGCAGCUACUAUGUGUACGAUUUAUCCUCGUCGAACGUGUUCUCGCUGUCAGCGAAGGAAUUGGACACGACGGCACCACAGCUGCAGCACGUCCUGUGGGCGCCGGUGGCCUCGAACGGUUCCGGCAGUGUCGGUGGUGAGAAGACGGCCGGGCAACAAUCCUUCCAUUCGCCAUCGUCUGCAUCGUCAUCGUCCUCGUCAUCCGGUUCGUCCGCAUCCGCCACGGCCACUAGCUCCCAGGGCAUUGCGUACGUGCACCAGGGUGACAUUUACUACAAGCCGCGCGUGCAGUACGAUCUUAUCUGUCGCAUCACCACCAGCGGACGAGACGGACCGGUACUAAAUGGUGUGCCGGAUUGGCUCUACUCGAACGUGCUGGAGCUAAAGGGACCGUCAUUACUCUUCUCGCCCGACGGACAGUAUCUAUCCUUUCUCUCGUUUAAUCUAUCUAGCGUACAGGAGUAUCAAUAUCUCUGGUACGGUGAUGGACAGCAGUAUCCUAAGAUACAUAGCCUGCGCUACCCGAAGGUACAUUCGGCAAACCCGAACGUGACGGUGUACGUGGUACAUCUGGGCGUGCUAAAGUACAUCUUCCCGAAACCGGUCAACGUGCCGGCGUACAUCCGUGCCACGGACAGUUACGUCGGCGGUCUCAGCUGGCUAUCGUCGACCGAGCUGUCCGUAACGUAUGCCAGCCGCAAUCAGAGCGUAUCACACGUACUGCUCUGCCGAGCACCAUCCUUUACAUGUGUGGAGAUUUUCCAAGAGAAGGCUGUCGCCAACUCGUGGGUAUUAAUCGGUGAGACGCCAUUGUUUAUACGACGUCCGGCAUCACUGGAAAGUUUCGCUGCCGAUGCACCGCAGCCUGCACCAGCAACAACACCUGUGACACCAUCGACGACAACAACGUCACCACCACCGACGAACCCGCCCGUACCAAUGAUGCCGCGCCAUCUGUACAUGCUGAAGCGGUUAAAUGUGCGUGACGGUUCGCACGGUUACUAUCGCCAUCUGGUGCUGGUGCUGCUCGGUACGAAGCGCACCAUCACGCUGACCAUGGGACAGUUCGAGGUGACGGAAAUCGUCGGUUAUGAUGAGCGCCGUGGGCUCGUCUACUUUAUGGCGGCACCGUACCAUAAACCGGGCCAACGGCACCUUUACAAAAUACCGCUCGGGCUCGAACAGAUGGCAUCGAUGACGGGCGGUGGCGGUGGAACAGCUGGUUCUGGUGGUACUUCGUUCGAUGCGAACCCGGACACCGGCCGUCCCGGGCAUAAUGCGAGCGAUGUGCUACUGUUACGCCCGUUCGGUUCCGCCGUACCGUACUGCGUGACGUGCGGUCGUGGCCCAUCGGAUGGUAGCGAAGAUGACGGCGGUAACGAUACACCAUCGAAGCGACCGAACAACUGUCUGUUUAAUCGCGUCUCGUUUAACGACGAUUACACGUACUUCGUGCAGGAAUGUCUCGGACCGGAAUCACCAUCCACGUACCUGGUAGAGGCCGGUUCGGAGCGUAAGGUGCGCGUACUGAACGAUGGCAACGAACUGCGCGAACAGCUGGUCCAGCUUGCGAAGCCACAGAUAAUGACGUUCAGCGUACAGAUUAAGUAUGAUUUUAACGCGCAGGUUAAACUGUUCCUGCCGCCCGGUGUGAAGGAAGACGACGAUUUACAGCUGCCGCUCAUACUGCACAUUGAGGCCGGCCCGGAACGGCAGCUCGUGUCGGAGGAGUACAGCGUCGACUGGAACUGGUACCUCAGCAGCCACCAGUCGUACAUUAUCGCACAGAUCGAUGCCAGGGGGUCCGGAUUUCAGGGCGAAUCGCUCAAGACCCAAAUUCGUGGACGCGUCGGCAUCGAGGUCGAAGAUCAGUUGGCCGUGCUGAUGUAUUUGCGGGACAACUUGAAGCUGGUAGAUCCUAACCGUAUUUGUGUUUAUGGCAAGGGUUACGGUGGUUACAUUGCGAUGCAGAUGCUUGCUACUGAUGCGAACCAGGUGCUGAAGUGUGUGGCCGCCAUUUCACCUAUCGUUUCCUUCCGCUACUACAAUUCCUUCUUUACCGAACGGUAUGUGCUCCAGCAGGACGACACCGAGCGGUCACUGAUCGAGUCGGAUCUGUCGACCAAGGUCGCUAGCCUGGCGUCCAAAAACUUUCUGCUCAUCCACAGCACGGCCGAUUGUGUUGUGCACGAGCAGCAUGCCGCACUGCUCACCCGUUCGCUCGUCAACCGGGGUAUUAUCUUCCGACAUCAGAUGUACGUCGAUGAAGAUCACGAGUAUCGGAGCGUGUCCGAGCAUCUGUACCACACGAUCGAGACGUACAUAGAGGAGAACUUCGGCAACGAUAAUCAGGACUGGACGUCAGCAUUCUUCCUGUCUAAAACGUAGUUCUUCCAGCGGCAGGUAACCGAAACGAGAGCAAACGCAACAACAACAACAACAACAAACCAAAAAAAAACCCAAAACACGUUUGAUUAAUGAUAGAGUAAUGAUAAUUUAAAGAUAAAAGAAAAGAAACAACAAAUAAUUAAAGAAGAAGAAGAAGAAGAAAAUAUAAACGAAAGCAACAUUUUGCAUGUUAGAAACGGUUUGCUAAAAAAAGAGGUAAACAAAAGAUACAUAUAAUGUGGGUGUACGAACAAAACAAAGCAAAACUAAAUGGAAAACAAAACAUUAAACAAUAAACAAACGCGUGACAUACAUCCGCACACGCACGCACACACACAUGCGCGUAAAGGAAGGAAAAAGCGGACGAACGAGAGGUGGAUUUGAGUAAAUCGAAUUGAGAUUAAAUACCUAGAUAUUAGACAGGAGAACAAAUAGCAACAAUUUCACCGGAAAAUUGAUAAUGAAUAGUUGUGGAAUAUCAUACCUAAGUUAUUUUUCUUAUUUUCUUUAAAGAGAAAUUUAAACUUCCACCAGUGCAGGAUGGUUAAUACAUGGUGUUAAAUGUGUCGUUUAUGUUAGGCAAGCUGUGUGUAAUGUAUGUGAUGAAUGUUAGAUGUCCCGCAUACACAUUCACCGAUGUAAUUAAGUUCUGCUGCACCGGAAGAUAUUUCCCUGAUCCCAAUUAGUAUUAUAGAAGCAGAUAUCCCCCACCCCCCCGUGUGUAGGAGGGGCAGAAAGAUCAUUUAACAGGAUUUUAGAAUUGUUGGCAGCCUGAAUGUAUACAAUCAUUAAUUUUUGUGUCGCGCUACCAAUGUUCUUCAAAGUGGAAACACACUUUGGACACACAUUUUAAAAGCGAGCCCUUUAAAAGCUUCCGAUAAAAGCUGGCAAAUUGAAAAGAAAAGCUAUUGCAUACGUUCAGGGGGUCGCACAUGUAAAACACAACGCAGUGGUUAAUGCUUUAAGGCGAGAAGCAAAAAAAGGGACGAACGGAUUCUAAUAAAACUUUUAAUCAAGUAGCACUGUGUGUGUGUGCGCGCGCGUGUGGAUGUGAGUGUUUGUGAAUGUGUGUUGAUUGUGCGAUAGAUUUUAAAACAACAGUCAAGCAAAGGGAAGCUCAGCAAGUGAAGCGCAAGCAACAACAACAAAAA